CCGGAUUCGACAUAACAUAAAGAAAAUUUGUUUUGCACGAAAAAAAAAUUGUAUUGGUGAACAGAACUUGUGUAUAUCACUUAUACUUUGAAUAUGAAUAAUGAUAGUGAUUUGCCCACAAGCCGUUUCAGAUCAUUACGAAAAAUGUGAUUAUUUUGAAUUGGAUUUGAAUGAAUCAUACUUAAUUCUCAUUAGGCGAGAAUAACUGUUAAUAAAUCGUGAGGUAAUCGUUGUCAAUCAGUUGUUUCAUUCUCAUUACACAUGAGACCCGAAUUCUCGGAAAAUCGAUUUCGAGAAAGAUUUUUUUUUUGCUAUAGCUAUUAGUGAUUAUUGUGAACAAAAUGAUGUGAAAGUAUUAUUUGCAUUUUUUGUCUUUCAAAGAAACACAUUCGCUAUCAUAAAGACAUUCGUGUUACGAUUCAAAGAAUUCCUAACCACAGAAAUAAAAGUUGUAUGAAUUUUUCAGAAAAGAUAAUAUAAUCGCUUCCAAAAAAUGUAAAAGUAAAUACAUCGUGGUUCGAGGAAUCAAGCGUUAAUUUUCAAACGACAAAAAUGUGUUCAUUUGUGUUUAUUUAAACCCGAGUUGUUAACUGAGAAGAUUGGUACUUUUCGUGAAUAAAAUUAUUGUAGUACGUGCUUUUCCAUUUCACAAAAUAGUUGAUCAUUUAAAAUGAUGAUCGCAAUCAUAUUCAUGGCAUUGUUGGCCACUGCCUAUGCCAUCGAUGACGACUAUGAUCAAAAUAAAAAUAAUAUUACAGUUGAAUGGCGAAUAUUUAAGUUGCAGUAUUCAAAAGCAUACAAAAAUGAAAUUGAAGAACAACGCCAUAUGACUACUUUUGAGAAGAAUAUAGAAAAAAUCCACAAACAUAAUCAAGCCUAUGAAAACGGGAACUUUACAUAUAAGCUCGGAAUAAACGAAUAUGCUGAUUUAGAUUACAAAAAAUUUGAAGAAAUGAAGGCAUUUCGAUUACAAGGCGAUGCUAUUCCAAUUUAUCCAAAUUUUUGGAUGGAGAAAAUGAAAAGCGUUGAAUUCUCGUCAGCCUACUACUUCACUGAACCGGUCAAUAUUACCAUCCCAUCAUCGAUUAAUUGGAAAGAGAAGGGUGCUGUAACAAAGAUCAAAGAUCAAGAAGGCUGUGGCUCAUGCUAUGCAUUUGCUGCAACAGGAGCACUUAAGGGACAAUAUUUUCUCAAGACUGGACAAUUGGUAUCAUUGUCUGAACAAAAUAUUGUCGACUGCUCAAUUUCUUAUAUAAAGGUUGCCGUGGUGGCCUCACAUAUCAAGCUUUUCAAUACAUCAAGGAAAACGGUGGCAUUGAUACUGAAGCUUUUUAUCCCUACACAGCCGAAGAACGUGAUUGCAAAUACAAUCCAUUAAACUCAAGCGCUACGGUUGAUGGAUA